GGUAUCGUACGCAGCCCCUCGCAGAAGAAGCGGGAGGUAUCGCACAGCACGUUGGUCGACUACAUGGUCAGGGCAGUUGUCGACUGAGUUCAGUUUCACACGUGCACGGUAUUGCGCCAAAAGUUCUACAAUAUCUUGCCCAGGUGCCCCUGAGAAAACAAGAUCUUUGGGUAGGUCUGCGGGUUUUAAGACGAAACGAGCAGACGUACCCGUAGUGUGCGCUGACGGGUGUUCAUCAGCGCGCACAGUAGAGUGUGUAGGUGAGGCAUUCGGCAUCACUAGAGGGUCGCUAGUCCUGCUGGUGUUGUCGAUUUCUCGUGGGGUCUCUACGGAUUGCGGAGAAAGAUCGUUUACUAAUUGCCGAGACGGGAUAGGUGACUGCUGUGAAGCAAAAUUAGAUGGUAUGCUGUUGUCACGCCGGAGGUUCGGGCGGGCACUACCCUCGCUACCAACGUUGGUACAAUGGACAUGAGCCAUUCGGGAGGUUCGGUCCCAUCACGGUGGUGCUGUUUCAGCAUCUCCACAAUGGGUGCGACAGCCGGAUAUGUAAGAACCUCGGGCUCCUCAUCUUCUGGUUCCUCCUCAUCGGCCCAACGCCCCUGCUGCUCCCGGCCGGCGGCAGGAGGAACAUCCUCAUACUCGUCUCCACUCUCGCCCUCAACAAACGUGUCGCGCUCACCGGAAUCACCGCCAUCUUCACCGCCGCUGGUGGCACUCGCGAGGUCGGCACCCUCAGGGUCAUCCGACUUUUCCUCAAGAAGGCUGCUAUCACCCGAGGGGCGUGAAGCCGGCACGCGUUCCGAGGGUGUCCCACGUGCUAGCGGGGUUGUCGGGUGUUUGGCGGCGAGGCGUUGCUUGAGCUGCUCUAGCUCAGCUUCCAGCUCAAGGCGGCGUUGCUGCUCCUUGAGCCUCUUUUCCUCCGCCGCGUCCGCCUUAUCGCGAGGGCGUUGCACGGCUGAUUUUUUCGGCAUCUCUCACCUCUACCUCCAGUACCAGCAGAGUAUUUUUUAAUUCGUCGACGCCAAUGAGGACAUUGGCUUCCCUCGUUGAGGGGGGAGGCCCAGGUCGCAGUAGUCUUUUCCCACUACUAAGGGCUGGCAGUUUUCUUCGUCGAGAUUUAGAGAGGAGAGGGUCUCAGAAGAGAGAGACAAGAGAGAGAGAGCCGCCGAAGGGGCGAGGGAGACCAAGCCCGAGGGUCUCGGAUUCCCAAGCUCCACAGGUGGCGCCAAGAGGGAUGCAUCCACAGUCGGGUCUCUUACUGAUCAACCAUCAGUAAGAUCCUCCGUUAGGAUCGUAUCUUGGUCCUACUUUUGUAUGUGCAACAACAAUGAAUGGUUACAGCACUUCUACACCUGUCAUCCACACUUUACCUUCAUUUCGUACUCGUCCGGCUAUGUUGUUAGCCAGCUCGGCAGCCUUUACACUCGUUUCAUUCGUUCGCUCUGAGACUGUCGUCAAAACAGUUUUGUAAUGGGGUCUUGGGGGCGAGCUUGGAGGGUACGACUGCCACAAGAGGAAACCGACCAGAUUCAGUGAUGAUUGCUCGAACCCAUACAUUGGUCGAUGUACGACUACACUUGGUUCGAUUCGUAGUGGUUGGAGGGUUGUCGGCGCCCUCCUGUUUCGUGGCGUUCGUGAAGGAGCUCGUUACCGUGGGAGAGCUGAAAUGGCUUGCGGAAUUGGAAAAUUCCACGGACCAAAAAGUCUUCCUCGCUAAGGUUCGUUGUUGUUGUUGUUGUUGUUGUUGUUGUUGUUGUUGUUGUUAACGUUCUUUUCACGUUCAUUCAACAGCCCGACCUCACCCUGCCGAGAGUGACUACAGUGUGAUUCCUGGCAGUGUACACAGGUCAACUACGACUCGUCAGAGCGGUUCACUCUUGCCACGCGGCUUGACUUUGUCGCUGAGUGGCUCCGGAAGGCAAGUAACAAGCCAGGCCUAGGUUGGUACGGGAGUAGUGCCCCAAGUCACGGAUCUUUUCUUCUAGAAGGGAGCAUCUACCUUGAGACGAACCGUUCAAAAUGGAGUUGAGCGCUUUGCGGUGAGGAUGGUUACGCUCAUUCUUUGUGUUUGUUUCCCACCACUGUCUUGUGUUCAUCUUUGAAUGUAUGGUGAGUACCCUCAAGUUUACAAGAGCAGUUGGCUGUUUGGCAGUGGUGGGGUGAACUAUUGUAGAACAUGUUCCUGAUGUUCCUGACGAGAAGCGAUCGCCUGGUCAUUGCAUGCCUUUUCAAGUGGAAACCGUGCCAUGCUUGGAGGGACGUGGCAACGAGGAGAGGUGCGGAUCAACUGGGCCACAAGAGGAUAACGCUGGGAAAGCGGUUGUCCUGGCCACAUGCCGGGUGACGGCAUGAAGGCAGCAGAGGACCUUCCCUGGCCAUAAAGUUUCACGGUGUACCGUUUUCCGGCACCAUGUGGGGGUGCGCAUGUUCCAUUCUACCCUGUCCCAGGACGGAGUCAU